CUUUGAAUCAUGUGGCCUUCUUGGUAAGAUUGAGAAGCCAUAAAUACAGUCAUGCCAGAUCAUUUAUCAAUUCAUUCUGAUCACCUCACACAGUUCAAAUCAAAUCUGCAAACCUUACCAACCAAACAACAAAUCUUCGCAAAGAUGCCGAAUAAUGCAGACUUUCCAUCCUACGCAGGACGUGGGUGUGGCUGUUGUGCACAUUGUCGUUGCACGGGAGCAUGCGGAUCGAUUGAUAGGAAAGCUGAGCCUGAUCAACUUACACCUCCAAGCAGUCAACUUCCUGCUCGUGCAAAAACACCCGCACCUGCACCUGCACAAUUUGACGAUAAAGAUAGUGUUUUGAAUGGACCGGCAUACAACAAGUCACUUUGGUCAACCUUGGAAUCACUUCCGCAUCCGAAUGAUUUGAUCAUGGGUAGAAAUUCAUCACGUAAAGAAAUGCUUUUAUCACCUGAGCCCUUGACGCCUUUUAUGGCCACCAGUCAAGCAAAAAGUGCAGGAAACAAGACUCCUCAAAAUCCUGUCAGUAGAGUACCAUCUUCUGUCGCCCUUAACAACGGUCAAAAUUCUCCUCCUCUUCCGAAUUUGCCAAAGAAGGAGAAAAGAGGUGAAGAGUCAAAAUCACACAAACGUCAAGCCAAUGGUGAUGAUUCUGCAAAUGCCUUCCCGGGUAGCAAGCCAAACGCUCGCUUGCCAAGUCGAAAAGGAUUGCCGGAUGGUGGCUUAUCGAUCGAUGUGCCAAAGACAAAGAGCAAUGAAAAAGUGAUGCACAGUGAUGAAGAAGGCACUAAGAGAUCAAAGAGCAAACAAAGUUCAGAACACAAAAGUACCAAAGCAAAAGUUCGCAAUUUGAGUCGUAAAUCGAAGAAAGUAGAAAGUGAGGAUGAAUCAGAAACAGAAGAAGCAAGUGACGAAGAUAAGGCAAAACGAUCAAAGAAGAAGAAACAUAAAGAACACAUUGAAGAACCCGAACCGAAACUCUCUCACAAAAGUUCAAAGAUGCUGAACCGUAAAAGUAGUCAGCAUUGGAAAGAAGAACAAAAGUCGGCCAAGGCGAUCCACGAUUCAGAGGAAGAAACGGUAAAAAGUCCUGUUAAACCAAAAGUAUGUAGGAAAUGCAGUGUGAAUACGUUGGCAAAGCUUAAAUUGGCUGAAGAACAUCAACAAAGUGGUGAAGGAAAAGGUCGUGAUUGGACUCAAACAACGCCGCAAUUAGGAACUUUCCAUUCUCCGCGGUACGAUCGAAGUGCAUUUCAAGAUGCAGAUAAAGUUCAGGAAGAAAUCAUCUUGCAACAACUUCAACGCCAACGUGAUCGUGAAUGGGAACGUGAGCAAGAACGUGAACGUGAAAGUUUUGCAAGGGAGAUUGCUCAACGUGGACAUAGCGAUCAUGGCGGACGUAAAGGCAAAUCAUCGAAAACGCACUCUCCUUCCGUUGACCGUCAAGGUAGUAGACAUUCUUUGAACUCGGGACGUAAGAUGGUGUCAAGUAGUGAUAAUGAUGAUGACAGUGAAGAGGACAAGAGUAGCGAUGAAGAGGAGGAGGUUGUGAAGAAACACAAGAAGCAUAGAAAGAAGAAAUCACGUUCUUCUCGCAACAGCAAAAAGCAACACUCAGAUACAGAAGAGGAAACAAACACAGACGAAGAGACAAAAGCGCGUAAAAGUCGUCGUUCAAAGUCUUCAAAAUCAAAGAAGCACUAUGAAACAUCUCCCACAUCUGAAGAAGCCGAGGAAGUGCAUCAAAAGCAAAGUGAUACAUCACAAGAAGAUGAAGAAGAUGUGGUGGAAAUGAAGAGCUCGAAAAAGACAAAGAGGAAACCAAAGGAGCUACCCAACGCUAUCAUGGAGGAAGACGAGGAAAGGUUCGUCGCCCAAAGUCCCUCGAAAGAGAAGAUUGAACCAGAACCUCUUAAGUCAAGUGGCCUAGAUCGCAAUAACUUGGGACCAAAUGUUGCUGAACCGCAAGAGCUCAAACAUACGAUUUCGAUUGGUAACUUCUCCAUCACACGAACGCGUACCGUGAAACCGUUGAAAGAGUUUGGCUCAUCCCCUGCUCUUCGUUCGUUGGCAAAGAUGGAUCAAGAUAAAGAAGAAGAUUCUGCAGAGCUCAAACGUGAUAAAUUGAAAAAGAUUCUUGAUUCAAAGAUGAAAGAUGCAAAAACCUUGAAUGCAAAAUCAUCCUUUGCCAUGCUUUCAUCAGGACCAAAGUCAGCAAAAGAGAAUAAGUUGCAAAAUGAAGCUUUGAUCAUUCCAAAACUACGUUCAAUGCCUUCCUUAUCAACAUUCAAUGCUACCAAAAAGCUCAUCGUUCAGCAUGCUCCUGCUUCUGAGCCCAAUACGAUCUACUUUAUCGAUAUGACACAUAUGGAUGAACAGGGUAAUCCUUUGGUCGCUUUCCGAUUGCACGCCGAUCCAAUGGCUGAUUCGAGUGAUGUGAAAUUGAACAAAAAAGGACAUGAUUGGUUAAUGCAAUCACAUGAGACCGGUUCAAAACUCAAAAGUAGACUUUGGCUUAGUGCAGGUAGAGAUGGUCCGGUAAUGUUUGUGAUCGAUAUCAAGUCUAGGAGGGUUGAUAAGUUCAUCAUUCAAGGCGCUCCAGGUCAUUUGAAAAAGUUCACCGAUUCACCUAGUUGGGGAACUCAUGAAGAUUAUAGACAUCUCUACUGUCAAUCACCCGAAAAGAAACAACUCAAGUGGUUCAUUCAGGAACCGGGUAAAUUGAUGCGUUUAUUUGGUAGAAGUGAAGAAGAUCAUGGUCACGUUUAUGCGGAGGCACGCUUAGCAAACGUUGCUCCUACAAAAAAGAAUCGUAGAACGACAAAAGAAGCAGCGCUCUGUUUCUAUGAUCCAACGAAAGAAACGGAUAAAUCAGAUUCACCAUUGCAAAUGGAUAUUGGAUAUUUAUGCUGUACCUGGUUCUGUGCAAGGCAAACUUACGAUGAAGGUCAAUUUGCCGCAGCUCAUGCUGAAGUUGAAAUGAUUGAAAAUAUCGAAAAAGCGUUUGAAGUUGAUUUAUUGGCAGGCGCAUAA